AUGGCUCCUCCACCAACACUUCCACCAAAGGAUCAAACAUUUCUUUCACCCAACAAUCUCAAUUCCCGUAUAUCAUCAAACUCCAGAUCAAGUCUGAACAGUACGGGUAGUAACAGCAACAGCUUUGUUGAUCAAGAUUUAGCUGAAGCUGUUAGAGAUUCAGUACAAAUCAAAUCUGAAUCACCUCAACCACAAUCUCAUUAUCGGGAAUCAUUGUUAUUAUCGUCUACUGGUAACAAUCAUAUUAGUAAACAACCACCUUUACCCUCUUUGAAUCCAUUGAUACCUAGAAGAACCCCUUCACCAAAUACCAAUACGAACAAUAUGAGUGUCUAUCAACCUACGCAUAAUUAUUCACAUUCUUCUCCUGAUAUGUCAAUUAUCGGUCAACCUUCAUUACCAUCAACAAGGAUGACACAAUUAACGACGCAAACUCCUCAAAACCCAUUCGAAGAUGACGAAGUCGAACCUGCUGGUACGGGAAGGAUCAAACCCCCUGGAACGGGACAUAUAUCAAAUAGAUCAUUUGGAAAUAACUCGAAUUUAGAAAGUGAAGGAUUGGUUCAACCUAACAGAGCUAAAUUUAAUAGAUCUCAAACUGGCUCUGCAGCUGCGACUUCCUCUUCCGCCCACUUACUUGGUCCGUCAUCACCUACGAGUGGAUCAGGCAAGACGAGGACCAGAAGGUCCAUGUCAUCAGACUCGUAUGGGUUCAACGCGGAUAUGCCACAUAUCAAAGAACUCACCGCCGGUCAGAAGAAAGCGUACGAGGAUAAAAAGGGUAGUAGACAUGCGGAUGUGAUCGAUACGUGGGAUCCAACUGGUUUGGGAAGCGCGAUGUGGCAUCAUUCCGGACCUUACGAUGCUGCUGCACCAUCACGAAACCAGAACUUACCAGGAAACAAAGCACCCAUGCAGGCAUUCCGAGCACCUCCCGUCCAAUCGCCACCACCAAAAGGUCCAACGACUAUCUCACUCUCACAACCUCCUGUUCCACCCAAAGACACGGUUGGCGAGACAUCAGACAGACCGGGACACCGAAGAGGUCAAUCGGGUAAUCGAUAUGGUGCACCCUCCAAUACCCGGCGUGUAAGCGGAGGUGGUCUAACUGGACAGUACUCGACUAGUAUGCCAGCUGGAGGAGGUUAUUUCCCUAACAUCAUGGAUGAGCCGCAAGAUGAAGCUACUCUUGCUAGAAUUGAGAGACAAAGGGAAAGAGAAUCGAAGAGACAAGCGCUCAAAGCGGCUUGGGGUAUCGAUACGCCUGAACCUUUCGAAGAUUUCGGUGGUUCACCCAACGAUGGUACAGUGGAAUUGGCAAACGAUUACUAUUCUCCCGAAUCCGUCAGCGCACCUCUCCCCGGUAAACCUGCACGAUCACCUGGUAUGCGAUUCGGUAUGGGAGCAACGUCACCGCCAAUCAGAGAAGAGGGUACUUCCCCGACGGGUGAAUAUCCAAUUAACACACGAGUGGCAGGACCAGGACCAGGAGGAGUCAAGCGAACCAAGAGCUUGAUGCAAAAGAUUAAAACCAUGCGCGAAAAUCCAGGAUUAUCCAACCGAAGUGCAUCGCCAAAAGCGUACUCUCCAAGUGAAGGUAUCAUCAAUACAUCUUCAUCGAACGAAUCGGUUCCUGUUCAAGAAACUAAACGACCUGGAUUUUUCUCAAGAACUUCCAGUGGAGGUGGAAGGGAUUCACCUUCGAAGAGAUCGGUGCAACCUCCUAUCCCUACGAACUUGUUCAACUCAAACGUAGUACCCGAAUCGUCAUCUAAUGAAACUAUCGAUGAGAAUGUUUUAGAUGAGGGAGAACGUGAUGAUGAAUUGGAUAUGGAAAAGAUGGUACCUUCAGGAGCGGGGAGUGGGUUCGUAUUGGUCGAAUCGCCAAGUUCAAAAGCUAGAGCUUUAAGAGCUUUACAGAAAGAACAAUCACAUCACCAUCAUCAUCAUAGGUCUGGUUCGGCUUCAGCCGGAACUGGAAAUGGAGGGGUAUCCAAUGUACCAGCGAACCGAGCUAAAUAUCUACCUACACCACCUGUUGCACCUGUCAUGCCUGAUUUCAAUGAUAUCUUGACUCCGCCAUCCAGGAAGAAUUCACCGCUCGAAGUUCCUGAUGAAGGUGGAUUGAAGAGGAAGACAUCGAUGGUGAAGAAAUUGAAAGAUAGAAUGGCAAAGUAG